GCAGUUGCAUUGAGCCUGGGAUGGGAAGUAGGAAGUGCUGUGCUCAAGCUUCCUGUAUAAAUAAAUGCAGCUUUCCCACAGCUACUGCAUGCAAGCUGUGGCGUGCUUUUAAGAUAUAAUGGCAGCGUGCUCCUAAUAGCAGGGAGGGGAUUAGCUAUCAGAGUGGCGAAGGGAGCGGGAGGCAAGUCCUGCUGCGGUCCUAAAAAGUGCACAGCUGUCAGACAGACGGAGGGGAGGAAGGGUGUGUGAGAGGGAUCUGCCUCUGCCUCUGAUUGCGAGCUACAGUGGUUGUGACAUUAUGAUUCUUGGGAGCGCUGAAGUGUGAGUGAAGCUAUUGAAAAGUCAAACAGCUGGGAGCGAAGACUGCUCUGCUUUCAAGGCAGAGUGGACAGUUGGGAAGAGGAUGGGCUCUGCUGGGAAGGCUUGCCCCCUCACCAUGACAGCUGACAAGUCAGGAGCUGGAGACUUGGCUCUGGAGCCGCUGCUCACUUGCAAGCUAUGUCUCUGUGAAUAUUCCCUGGAUAAGAUGACCACUCUUCAGGAAUGCAGCUGCAUCUUUUGUACAUCGUGCCUAAAACAGUACAUGCAGCUGGCAAUUCAAGAAGGUUGUGGAUCUCCUAUCACUUGUCCAGACAUGGUAUGCUUGAACCAUGGGACCCUACAAGAAGCAGAGAUUGCCUGUUUGGUGCCUGUUGACCAGUUUCAGUUAUACAAGAGGCUGAAGUUUGAACGCGAAGUCCACUUGGACCCCGAGAGAACAUGGUGCCCUGCGGCUGACUGCCAGACGGUGUGCUACAUUGGGCCGAGCGAGCCAGGAGUGCCGGUGCCGGUGGAGUGUCCGGCUUGCCACCUGACGUUCUGCUCCUCUUGCAAGGAGACAUGGCACCCACAGCGCCUGUGCCCAGAAAACCAAACUACUCUGGUACCAACUGAGCAGGGAUCACUUAUUGGAACAGAGACAGAGGCACCAAUUAAGCAGUGCCCAGUUUGUCGGAUCUACAUUGAGAGGAACGAGGGCUGUGCCCAGAUGAUGUGCAAGAACUGCAAACACACAUUUUGCUGGUACUGUCUACAGAACUUGGAUAAUGACAUCUUCUUAAGACAUUACGACAAAGGCCCUUGCAGAAACAAGCUAGGCCACUCACGUGCUUCGGUGAUGUGGAACAGGACGCAGGUUGUAGGGAUCCUCGUUGGACUAGGUAUCAUAGCAUUGGUGACCUCUCCCUUGCUGCUUGUGGCAUCUCCAUGCAUCAUCUGCUGCAUUUGCAAAUCUUGCCGAAGCAAAAAGAAAAAACACAGUCUGCCAGCAACCUAACUCUGUGUCUGUUUGAGCCUCUGUCUGUACAGCAUAUGUUUGUGAGAAAGCACAAUGGUUGUAUUUUGGUGCCAUACCUACCAAAUAAUGCUCCCUUUUUUUUUUGCCAAUUCUUGGGAUAAGUGCCUAUUCUCUACAGGCUACUCUAUCACUUACAAGUUGCAGUGUGGAAAAAAUCUAGAUAAUAGUGCAGUACAUAUGGUAUAGGUUUUUUGCUUUCUAAAAGAAAAACAGGACGCCGAUCGGUAGUUCAUACCCUUACGUAUGAGCCAGCUCUUGAGAUUGCUAGAAGAUUGCCAUCUUCCAUCAGCUGCAUGAAUUGAUCCUGCAGUAUCAUUCUGCCUUUGCAGACCCAGCUGUUACUGUCAUGCUUUCUGUUGGUUCUUGGUGACCAGUCGGAUUUCUCAGAAAGUUUUGGGUAUUUUAUAACAGGGAGAGGGAAAAGCUUGAUAAGGGUCUUCUGCCUGCUAGCUUGUGUCCCAUUAGAGGUAAAAAACUGUUAAGAAAAUAUAUUGACAGUUUCCUGUCAACUGGCUGCCAUGGCAUUUCUUUCAGCAUUGAAAUCAAUGGGAUUCAUACUACUGAUCUCAAUUACAGAAGUAAAAACCAACAAAACUAUUUGUAAGACAGAGCUCUCUCUUAAGAGACUGGACUAGCUUGGGAAAGUAGGUGCUUAUUUCAGAUCAAACGUGAUGUACCUACCUUGAAAUACAAGGACUAAGCAUAUUUCCCUGCUCUUGGGCAUGCCUUUUGUCAGUAACACGUGUGUAGUAAAGUCACCAGGAAUCUGGUGUUCUAGGAAAGGCUCCUAUUUUGUGCAGUACUGGGAUCUUGGCUGUGCGUUUAUACAGUGACCUCAUGUGUGGAUAUACUGAGUAUAUAAUGCACAAUUUAUUUUCCAGGUGGUCAGUAUAUUUUUCCAGCAGUUUACAUGGGGUAGCAGCAAGAACCCUGUAAAAUGCUACUCAGAACAGGUUAAGCCAAGACCCUCUCUUGAAUGUUACGGACCUGCUGAAGUGAAUACUUGAGAAAUGCUGUGUAAAUGUAGGCUCCAUCCAUUGGUGAUUAAUUCUUCUUUCCCACUCAAGGUUAACAAACUUUGUUACAGCUCAUUUUUAGUUACUCUCAAUAUGAAAGCCUGUCAUUUAAUACACCCUUCAUUUUCAUUUGGUGCCUCACCAUUAAACUGAUUUAGACCCUGUUAUCAGUUACACCUGUAUAAAUUCACUGAAACCUCCCUGAAGAGCUGGAGUUACUUUAGGCUCACCCAGGAGAAGCUGAGUUCAGACUCUGCUCUGUGCAUUUGUUUCCUUAAUGGCUGGUGAUCCUCAAAACCCUGGCCAGCUUUUGUUCUGGACUUGCAGUGCAUUUUAUAUCUGUGGGAACUGAUACGAGUUUGCACUAUUUAAUCAGUUUUAAUUCCAACCCGCUUGCAGUAAGGGCUGCAAGUUUUAAAUGGGAUGCUCAACAUGAGCAUCAUGUCAGGCUUUUCCUCCUCAGGCCCUACCCUCCUCCAUGCACGCAAUUUGAAGCACCAGAAGAAUGCUGCAAAGAACGUUUUUUCUGUUGCGUUUGGCUGAGCCUCAGGAACUUUGCCUUCUUGGCAGCCAUAAAUGUGACCUUUUUUGUUUAACUUCCCCCUCUGUUGACUGUAACAGAAGUGGUAGAUUUUCUUAUUUUAAGAAAGCGUAGUCUGUUGAGCAGACUAGCAGGGACAAAGGCCUUAAAUGAUGUUGUCUGUUUUACUUUUUAAUCGAUUUCUCUUACAAAUGCUAUCUGACUUCGCUACUAGUCGUGACUGGAGGGCAGGCAGCGCUCGCCAAUUUGAAAGGCUAUAUUUAUUCUCCAUCCACGGCUUCUAAGGGAAGCAGAAAGGUAGUCAGUACAUUUUAAAUGCAGAGUGCAAUGCAGACAACUACAAUUUAUAAUAAGUAGAGAAUGUUUUCUGUAUGCGUUUUCUUGCACAGCAGUAAUGGUUGUGCUUGGGGGCACUUGUGACAGAUCAAGGUAUCUAGCCCUCGGCUUUAUACUAUUUUUCUACCUACAUUUUUAUGGCCCUACUGCCAUUUCCAGCUUAUUGAGGAACUUGCAGUUGAGAGUCUUACUUUAAGGAAGCCUCAAGGACAAAGAUACAGGAGCUGUAUGGUCUCUUUAACCAUAACCAGCAAGUAAUAAUACCCUUUGCAUGUUAAACUUCUUUUUUUUUUUUUUUCUUCAUGUUUUGUGGUCUUCAACACACCUUCUGCAGGCCCAGUUUCUUUCUUUGUCACCUUCCUCUUUCAUUUGUAGUUUUUGCUAAAAUGCCCAAUGGAAUGAAGGUGUCUCGUGGUGUCUCAAAACAAAUUCCACCUUGUUUAGUUCUUUAAAUGCUGUCUGAAGUUAAUGUAGCUCUCUCCAGAAAAUAGCAAUUUGUUUCAGUGGUUUGAAGGAUAAUGUUUUAUAAAAGCAGUGCAUGCGUGCAUAGCUACAAACUCUGUGAAAGCAACACUUUUCUGUCUGUUUUUAUUAACUUCUCAGUUUGAGUGCAGCAUAACUUCUUUCAAAGACUAAUAUCUACGGAGCAGAAGGAAGAUGUGCCGUUUCUGUGCGCACUUUGUAUUGCUUGUGCCAGUUUAGGUGUCUGAUGGGUGUACCAGAAGCAGUAGAAGUUUAGUACCUGGAUGUUUGGGCAACCUAAGAGCCAGAAUGCCAAUCCAGGCAUUUAAGGAGCCUGUGUGCCCAGAUAUUAGCAUGGGGGUCUUUACCCAAAAGCUGGAUAAAGAAGCAUGAACUACAGGCACUCCUUCCUUUGGCUGUGUAGAUGCAGCAAUUAGAUCAAGAAGGAAGCUCCAGAACUACUUUAGAGCUUAAACUCGAAAUCUUAGGAGGAUUAACUUAUUUAGAUGCCUGAGCAUGUGCUUGAACUAGACUGUGACCUGGCCUAGCUCAUAAGGAUGCACUAACUCUGCUGGGUAGAGCUGUACCUGUGCUGAAGUGCCAGGAGCAGUAGGGUACUGUUGCCUUGUUUUCCAGCAGGCAACUAUUUUGCCCCAACUGAUCAUAGGCACGGGGUUUCCAAAGAACCAUUUUAGCAAGAAUGUUUUUACAGGGUUUACUUAUUAUUAUUAUUAUUUUUUAAAGCAACAACAACACACUCACUUUAUAAGAAAUUUAUUGCAAGCCUGGCAAAGUGCCAUGCAAAAUACGAACAGAAAUUAGGGAGGAAAAACAAACAAACAAACCAGAAAUGGGACUCUGGCUGCUUUUGACUCUUCUAAAUCAAUGUAGUUGUAAGUCCACCCUCUUGAACUCCAUCUGUGUGAUGUGGUGCAUGUUAGUAUCAGCCUUCAUCCUCACCACUCUCACCAUCCAUCCUUGUUCUCCGUUGGCAUGUGGCUGGUGUGCAGGAAGCGCCCAGGGGAGAAUUCCAGGCUUUGGCAGGGUUGGGUGCUGCGCAGGAGCUGGGGUGUGUGGCACAUGUACAACCCUCCCAGGCUCUGUUACCACUUCUCCCUGUGGCCUUUAACCACUGAGACAAACUUUGCUUUUUUUGGCUAUUAAUGUUAGAUUGACAGUGUCUACAGAUGACUCCUUUGGAGAACAAAAGUCACAACUGUCUAUUCCCUGAGUCAGAGGCGUUCAGCCCUUCAGAAUAUUGGGCUAUGGAUGUCUAAAGAUCCAGUCCUAAAAGUCUAGGAAGUGAUGGAAAUUUGGAUUUUUACUGCAGCUGGCCACAAAUCUCCGUGGCCACAUACCUCACUGUAAUUUCUCUGCAGUCAUGGCAGCCGUGUCGAAUACAGCUUGGGAUCCAACUCUGCAUCUCUUGUCCUUGUGUUACAAUGAGGGUGGGAGUACCUGCCUCCAAAACCACUUGUCAAUAAGUAAAUAUCUCUCAUGCUAGAGCAUAAGUACUCCUCUGCAGUAUUUAUCACAGAACUACGGGAGAUGGUCAAGGUGGCCUUUCAGUAACUGGUUAUUUUUUAAUGGCACAUGGGGUUACUUAUCUCAAAGGAAGGCACUAAGGGUUACAGUAACUGAUGUUUCCGCAGUGCUUUAAUGAUGCUAAAUGCUACGUAUGGUUGUCUGUCCAGUAACAUAGCAGAAAAUAAAGUCCAAAGAGAAGUUUAAAAUGUACAUAUUUUUUUACUUGAAUAAACUUAAGAGAAACUGGAUAAUAUCUUCAUAUUUGCUUGAAGAUAUGCAAGUGGACAGAAAUCAACUGUGUUUCCACAACAGGAAAAUGAAACCAGCUUUUGACUGCUCUCUUCUCUGGUACCGCAGCAGGUGGUUGUGUUGCAGUCCCUUACACUUUAAAAAUUUGAAAUCUGUUUUUCACUGUAAUCUCUGUCAGUCAUUCUUUUCCUUUCUAAUACAAAAUCCUUUUAAGAUCGUGCUUUUCAUCCCCUGUCUCAGGCCAAAGAUUUCUAGAGUGAAAUUAGUAGAUUUCUUUAUAUGAGGAUAAAAACCUUCCAACAAUUUUCUCAGAGCUUUUAUUAAGAAAUGUGAUACUUAGAUAAUGACCAAAGAUAGAAAUUUCAAACUUGGCUUGUUUAGAAAAACUCAUUGAUACUUAAGAAGUUGUCUUGGAAUCUCUAAAUAAGGACUUCUUUGUUAGAGCCCAACAGCUUUUUGAGUUUUACAAGGGAUAUGCUUCUACUGUUGAGCAGACUUUUUGGAAAUAUACUGGGAAAAAAAAUUAAAACUUACAUACAUGUUUUCAUUUUAUACAUCAAAAAAGAUUAUCUUGUAGGUCUCCAUAUUUUAGGGAUUCCACCCCCCUGGAAGCUUUCUUGGAUAUACUUAUAUGUAAGAUAAUUUAAGAAAUUCAAUAAAACAGUUUUAACAGAGUGUUCUAGUUAUAGACAGUCAAGUAAGACUUGUAAGCUAGUAAGACAUCUCCCUCAUGUGUAAGUACGUAGUAUCAGGCCCUAAUUUAUAUGGCUAGCAAUAAAGAUGUGAAAAUGUACUUCUGAAAUAAUAAGAGUUGAUUCUUCUGCAGUCUGCCAGAAGGUCAGCUUACUGCUAUGAUUAUGAAGAACUUCAGUCUAAUAUUUAUUUGUCCUCUGGUUAGUAAUGUAGUGAGAGAGUAAUGGUUUUUGCAGAACAAGAAGCCCAAAGGUCUAUUUUGUGUCACUACACUCAGUUUCUCAGAACCAAUGCAUUUUUAUAAUUUAUAAUUUAUAUAAUUCAUAUAUAAUUUAUAUUUUGUAAUUAUACCAAUUUUGAAUUUAUCAUGCGAUACAUUUAUUUUUAAUUGCAUUCAUAUGGGAAACCUUUCCUCUUCUACUUACUGUGGAGAAAGUUGUUGAGUUCCAGGCAGGGUAAAUUCCUAUGGUUUGGUGCAGUCCACAGCAAAUGUUUUGUACUGUUUUUUCAGUUACAUCAGAGUGUUUUGUUAUGAUCCCUCAAGUUAGUUCUUCGAAUCAAGCAAAUUCCUAUUGUUAAGGCAGGUAAUUUCCUAGUAACGAAUUUUAUUGACCAUCACAGUCUGGGCUAUUCAAGAUGAUGGUGGUUGACAAGGUCCACCACCUUUUUAGAGGACAUGACAUCAUUCUUUCCCCUUCUUUUUCCCCUUCUGCCUAAGAGGCUUUUUCCAUUCCUAGCUGAAAAUUAAAGACUUAAAUAAUUUGUUUGUGCCUUCUGGAUAUUCGAACAGAAGCAACAGCUUCUGGUGGCCACAUGCCAGGAGAUCCUGGACAUGUCGAAUGUGUGAUGCUACAACGUGUGUGCAAUGAGUUAGUUACAUUUCAGGAAGGUGCCUGGGCUCUUACAGCUUGCUGGGACACAUGCAGUAGAUGUGGUGCACAAGGGCCUUGGUCUGAGAGGCUUCACAAACGCUGCCAGCUGUAGGGCACGUGUGGUGUGAAGCCCAUGGGUUACUGCAAUCAUGAUGCCAGGUCACUGUGUGCGUGUGUCUCCCAGAGUUUCAUCAGGGCCACCAUCUCUAGCUUGCCCGUAACUAUAUACCUGACCCCCAAACUCCCCAAAUGCCAUAGCAAACCUCCGUUCCUUCAGUUUUCCAGGCUCUGCUACUGGUCUGUCUCAGAGAAACCGCAGUUCAGAUGAGUUAGUUGGAGUUGGCCUGGUGUAGGUGUGCAUUUUGCCUAAUACCUAUGACGAGCAGCAGAGCUGCUAUAUACCCUGACAAUACGAGCAUUGCAGGUGCCAAGUGUCACCCUGUGAGAACUCCGAAUUACCACAGUGUCACAUAUUUCUGGGGAAAAGUGCAUAAGCUCUUGCUGCUGGGAAGUCUCCUGGCUGGACACGCCGCGCUGCUUUCCAAUGCGUCGGCGUUUGAAACGAAGCCUGGGUUUGACAGGAGCAGGACACAGGACACUUCAUUGCUGUGCUGGGUGGGUGGCAUGGAAAGGAAUGGUUUUGUCUCGACAGCAGGAAGCAAAUUCCUCUUCAGAGGGCCAGCCCUUCCUGUUCAGGGGAACUGGCCUUCUGCGCUGUGCUGCACAAGGGUGAGCUCCUCUUCAGCAUCUAGAUGUCGUUUCCCUGGUACCUGUUUAAGCUUAUGUUUUGUUCAUCUGGGUUUCUUCUUUUCCUCCAGGUAAUACACUUUCUUCACCACUUUUAUCCUGGUGAAGGGCGAAAAGGGUUUGAUCUUUGUAAGAUUUGUUAAAAUAUUUUUGUGUUUAUAAGACAGCUGACGUAUAAAGAAAUAAGUGCUUUUGUAAAAUUUUGGUUGUAUGAUUCAGCAUUUAAAUAUUUUACAGAUGCAAUUUUUUGCACUCUCUCUGCGUACAUUCAUAAAAGUAUAUAUUUAUUUUCCAUCUUUGAGAUUUACUUCAUUUUUUUCUUCUGAUGUUACAAAAUGCAGUAUGUGCAACAUUAAAAAAAUUAGUGAAAAGACA